CACAUUACGACCUAAGUAGUUGAAAUUUGUGCCAAGUCUGAGCAACAAAUGAGUUGCUCAGAAGCAUUUUAAGGUGAUUACUUGGAAGAAUAAACAAACACCUUCAAACUUUUCAGAAUCACUCAUUGUAACUGGUAUCCAAAUUACAAUUUUUAAAAUCUGUUCACUCCAAUCAUAGCAAGUCCCACAAGAAGUUGUAUAUUUGAAGGUGAUUUGAGCUUUUUUUCAAUAAUUAUUCAGACUUUACACGAACUUAAUCGACCUUCUCUGAGUGUGUCUAAAUUUGGUUAGGUAUUUGCAGAUUAGCCACAUCUGUAAACAUGGUAUAUGGAGGUGAAACAAAUAGCUUUUACCAUGCUUAUUCCAGAAAGUCCAGAAAGCAUUCUAAAUCAAAUGUAGAGUAUCACGUCAUAUCCAGAAUAAAAGUAAAAAUAAUGGAUCACAACUUAAAAUUACAGUGCUCUCUUUAAUAAAAAAACGUGUUCCUCACUGUGCACAAUGUAGCACUAACAUGGUCUUCCGAACAGUGCUGCUUGGUAUAAAACCAAGAAAUAUUAAAGACCAGGAAUAAGGUCAUGUUUCCUAUGGGUACAUUUCGGAAAAGAAAAUACAUUCAAAGAAUAUGACUGUAGACAGGAUUUUGCACAACCUCAACAGGUGACAAAAUUUAAAACUAGGUAACCGCCUUCAUAAGGAACUUGAAACUAAAAUUUUUGCCACGAAAACAUGACAUGUGCAAAAGUUAUCUCUCUGGCCAUCGCUCCUGCUAAGGACACUGGAAAGGACAUGCUCAACGUAGCAGUCGAUCAAGAUUCCAGGGAAACUGCGCAACAGCCUGGGGCCGAGAAGCGAAACCUGGUCUUCUUCACCCUCGUCUCACUCCUUUUCCCGCAGACUUGGUAGUGGGAGAUAGGACGGGCGUCUCCUAUAUGCAGGCAAAACUUGCCACGAGCGGCUCGACUUGGGACGGGCAAUUUGCCCUGCCACCCUUCCGUCGCCCCCACCCCUCCUUUACUGAAGGCCGAAGGCAGAGACGUCCUCCUCCCCCUUCUCCUCCUCUUUGGUGUCUCCAGCCAGGAGGCGGGAGCGACCCACAGCAGCUGACCCAGCUCAGGCACUGCCUCUUCCACAGCCCUCAAGACACACCAUGGGCCCAGAGGCAGGUUUGCUACACAGCAGCGACGACGCAGGCGGCGGCCCCGGCGACUCGCAACUGCCUCCCUGACCACAGCGACCACCGCCUAACACACCCGAGAAGCCAUCGCCGCCACCGGCAGGAGAACCUAGGGUCCAGAAAGCCAUCCUCGCGAUCAACUAAAGCUACGUCAACAACUAUGGCGGGCGAGGGACCGCGGGCGGAGGCGGUGCGGGAAGGAUGGGGUGUGUACGUCACUCCCAGGGCCCCCAUCCGAGAAGGAAGGGGCCGGCUCGCCCCUCAAAAUGGCGGCAGCAGCGACGCGCCUGCGUACGGAACUCCUCUGUCGCGGCAGGGCCGGCGGGAAGUGAGGUUCUCGGAGGAGCCGCCAGAAGUGUACGGAGACUUCGAGCCCCUGGUGGCCAAAGAAAGGUCCCCGGUGGGAAAACGAAGCCGGCUAGAAGAGUUCCGGCCCGAUUCUGCGAAAGAGGAAGUGAGAGAAAGCGCGUACUACCUUCGGUCUAGGCAGCGGCGGAGGCUGCCGCGACUCCAGGAAGCCGAAGAGAUGCAGACGCGAAGGGCUACCCGCCUUCAGCAGCAGUACUCACAGCAGCCUCCGCUACAGCCGUCUCCCGUUACGACCAGGAGAGGGCUGCGGGACUGUCAUUCCUCUGAAGGUGAGGACCGCGGAGAGGAUGAACCAUCUUCCGAAACUGAUUUAAGCCAAACGAUUUCAAAGAAAACUGUCAGGAGCAUACAAGAGGCUCCAGCGGUGAGUGAAGAUCUUGCAAUCAGCUUAUGUCGACCCCCUCUAAGACACCCACGAUCUGAUUUGACCUACAAAACAAAUGAAAAUACUAAAAUGAGUGAAUUAGAAGCCACCAGUGUCCAACAGAAGGUCAAUUUCUCUGAAGAAGGAGAAACUGAAGAAGAUGAUCAAGACAGCUCUCAGAGCAGUGUCACUACUGUUAAGGCCAGAUCCAGGGAUUCUGAUGAAUCUGGAGAUAAAGCCACCAGAUCAUCUAGUCAAUAUACAGAAUCAUUUUGGCAGUCAUCACAAAGUCGCAACUUCACAGCUCAUGAUAAGCAACCUUCAGUGCUGAGCUCAGGAUAUCAAAGAACUCUUGAGGAAUGGGCCCCCCAGACUGCAAGGAUAAGAACUAGGAUGCAAACAUCUUCACCAGGCAAGAGUUCAAUAUAUGGCAGUUUUUCAAGUGAUGACAACAUUCAGAAAUCAGAGCUUGGAAACCAGUCACCAUCAACCUCCAGCCGACAAGUGACUGGACAACCCCAAAAUGCAUCUUUUGGCAAGAGGAACUGCUGGUGGCUACUUCCUCUGAUAGCUGCUCUUGCCUCUGGGAGUUUUUGGUUCUUUAGUACUCCUGAGGUAGAAACCACUGCUGUUCAAGAGUUCCAGAACCAGAUGAAUCAACUUAAGAAUAAGUAUCAAGGUCAAGAUGAGAAGCUGUGGAAAAGGAGCCAAAUAUUCCUGGAAAAACAUCUUAAUAGCUCCCAUCCUCGGUCUCAGCCUGCUAUCUUGCUGCUCACUGCUGCCCGAGAUGCUGAAGAAGCGCUUAGGUGUCUGAGUGAACAAAUUGCUGAUGCCUAUUCUUCUUUUCGUAGUGUUCGUGCCAUCCGGAUUGAUGGGACAGAUAAAGCUACUCAAGACAGUGAUACUGUCAAACUAGAGGUAGACCAAGAACUGAGCAAUGGAUUUAAGAAUGGCCAGAAUGCAGCUGUGGUACACCGCUUUGAGUCAUUGCCCGCAGGCUCUACUUUGAUCUUCUACAAAUAUUGUGACCAUGAAAACGCAGCCUUCAAAGAUGUAGCCCUAGUCCUGACUGUCUUAUUGGAGGAAGAGACACUUGGAACCAGUCUAGGCCUAAAGGAAGUUGAAGAAAAAGUAAGAGAUUUCCUUAAAGUCAAGUUCACCAAUUCUAACACACCCAACUCCUACAAUCAUAUGGACCCAGACAAACUGAAUGGCCUCUGGAGCCGCAUUUCUCACUUAGUUCUGCCUGUGCAACCUGAAAAUGCCUUGAAAAGGGGCAUCUGCUUAUAAGAAGUGAGAGAAGAAAAAUCAUGUCCCAAGUUCUGAGAAUUGUUCACAUUUUCUAACCAGAGACAGAAUUCAGAGCUCUUUUUGAAAGAACUGGUUUCUUUUUAAAGGAAAUUAAGUUCUUACAUAAACAUGGAACAUAAAAAUCAUUUGUUCAACCUAAUUAUCUAGGAUAUGAGAGAAUCAUUUCAGUUUCCAUUGAGAGCUGUGUUAAAGGUAUCUUAGGAGUGCAGAUUAUAUGCAGUUCCUUAGAGAAUCUAUUUUGAUUCUGGGCUGAAUUAUUACAGUUAUGUAUGACCAGUGAAAGGGAUUUGUCUCCUUAUGAACCUUCCUGAUUUUUUAACUUAGAUUUCUCACUAAGUUUCUUGAGUUAUUAGUAAGAUUGCUCCCUAAAUGUAACCAUGGAUUUUCCCAUUAUGUUCCCUUUUAUACCAUGUAGGUGUGAGUUCCUUAGCUUCUGCCUAUAGGAACAUAAGUAAUGAAAGGUCACGUAGGUGUGUGUUUGGAAUUUUUUUUCUUUUGUUUGUUGGAAGAUAGAAAGAACAAGGCAAGGAAGAAAUUAAUGGGGAAGCUGAAGGGAGGAAAUGUUAUAGUAAUCCACUGAGGUGUAGGUCAAACAUAGGUAUAUGAACUGUUAAUCUUAGUGGAUUCCAUUGGGAUUUGUUUUUUAUAUCUCCUUUUUCCUUCCUUGAAGAAAAAUUCUUGGCCCUCUCAAGGAUUCUUCAUGUGUAUUGCAAGAUUUAAUAUAUUUGUUCACUUGACUCUUAAGAGUAGGUCAGGCCGAGGCAGGUGGAUCACCUGAGGUCAGGAGUUCGAGACCAGUCUGGUCAACAUGGUGAAACCCUGUCUCUACUAAAAAUACAAGAAUUAGCCGGGCAUGGUGGCACAUGCCUGUAAUCCCAGCUACUUGGGAGGCUGAGGCAGGAGAAUUCGCUUGAACCCGGGAGGCAAAGGUUGCAGUAAGCGGAGACCAGGCUUAUUGCCCUCCAGCCUGGGCAACAAAAACGAAACUCUGUCUCAAAAAGAAAAAAAAAAAAGACUAGGUCAAUUCGUAACAGUUUAUUUUGGACACAUCCUGAAGCUUUUGUUUUGAAUUAAGAAAUAGUUUCAGGAAUUGACAAACCAUUUGUUAACCUGCUGUCCUGGGCUAUUGAAGAAGAUUUCGUUUUCUGCGCAUCCAGUUGUUGCAGUCCAGGUCCUUUAGUGCAACGCCAUAGCAAAUAUAAAGAUUUACUAUGCACGUGAUACAUUUUAUGGAGUGCCUCAAGCCAAGAUAGUGAACUUAUAUGAAGAGCGUGAAAUGUAUUUCUUUACUACUAUAGUAGUAUAGUUAUAACUUUGCAUCUAUAAUUGAGCUUCCUCAUCUGUCAACUGCUAUGGUUUUCUUAAAAUGUUACAAUUCUAUAUCUAUCCACCUUGUUUUUUUAUUGUCCACAAACCAUUAAAUGUAAACAUUGUUUUUAGAGAGAGUCAGUCAUUGGCUUUGUCAUUUACCCUUUGAGAGUUCCACAAGUGGUAGUAGAGUGGUCUAACUUCUUUCCUCUAGUACUACCAGUAUUCAUAAAUGUAUGCCCCUUACUAUAAUUUGUUCCUCUUAGAAGUCAGAUCAUCUGAUUUAUAGAGGAUUAUGAAAACCAGAGUUUUUGAAAAGGCUUAUUUUAUACAUACAUAUUAUAUAGAGAAAUAACUGUUUUUAUUAAAUGUUUCACUGACCCAAGUAAUUUAAAAGUAAUAUGUUACCUGUGUCUUUCAGGAAAAAUAAUUAUAGCAGCUGAUCUGUAAAUGACUUUAAAAGCUAUUUUAGUAAUUUAAAUAAAUUUACUUUCUUGGUUUGUACUCU